CAAUGUGAAUGCGAUAUCACGACACAAUAUUCUAGAAGUAGUCACAUUGCGCAAGCGCAUAUCACGCAUGUUUAUUAUACAUAUUCGUUACGUGUGGCGUAGAAUUACUUUGGCCUCUCUGAGCAUGAGUGGUUGAGAUUUCCAUCUUACAAGCAAGCGUCUGUUGAUUGUCCUACUGGAAACUGAUCACGCUCACAGCUUCAUUGCAGCAGUGGUGCUGCGUUUUUGUGUAACCUUUUCGGUUUCAUCUGAAUAUCAGCCAUCUACGGUUUUGCCAAAUUUUCUUUCCGAACCUUCUACACCUCGUCGUGUUUAUGUCUUUUUGCAAUUCAAACAAACCAUUGUUGGUGAGACUCACCUGCGCCCAGUGCCAGAGGCAUCCAUAUAGAAUACAAAAGCAACCCCCAGACAGGUUUAUGUCUUCACAGGCGCUUAAUUUCACACGUCCUUCACAUCUGCGCUGUUCCAGGCGGACCAAUAAAAACCAAAUUCACAAAAAGAGUAGUAGUAGUAGUAGAAGAGAAGGGACGUCACUAUGUCUCUCAACGUCAACAGAGCGGUCACUGACCAGUUCUACCGCUACAAGAUGCCACGUCUCCUAGCCAAGGUUGAGGGAAGUGGGAAUGGCAUCAAAACUGUCAUCAUCAACAUGGUGGAGAUUGGCAAGUCCUUGUGUAGACCACCUACAUACCCUACAAAGUUUUUUGGCUGUGAGCUUGGCGCUCAAACCCAGUUUGAUUUUAAGAAUAAUCGCUUCAUUGUAAAUGGCUCGCAUGACGCUAACAAGCUUCAGGACCUGCUAGAUAUCUUCAUCAAGAAAUAUGUGCUGUGCCCCGAGUGUGACAACCCCGAGACCUUUCUGAUUGUGAAGAAAGGCAACAUUGGACAGCGUUGCAUUGCCUGCGGUCAUGUGGGUAUCGUGGACCUUCGUCACAAGCUGAGUACCUUCAUCAUUAAGAAUCCUCCAGAGCAUGACCCAAGGAGCGUUGGAUCUUCCAAGACGGAACGCAAGGGGAAGAAGUCCCAGAACAAACAGCAGAACGGAGAGGGUGAUGCCUGUCAGGAGGAGGAAGAUUUUGGAGAUGAUGAUGAUGAGGAGUGGUCAGUUGAUACGAGUGAAGAGGCUAUUCGUGAGAGAAUGGGAGACUUGAGCGGUGGUGCUAAGGGCUUGACCCUCAACGAUGAUUUAGAGAAGACAGGACAGGAGAGGCUGGACAUCUUCUAUAAAUUUGUCAAGGCCAAGAAAGCAGGAGGUGAUUUGAAGGGAUGCGACAAAGAGUUUCUGGUAGAAGCUGAGCGUCUUGAUGUGAAGGACAAAGGGCCUCUUAUUCUGGCCGAGCUUCUUCUUGAUGAACAGGUGUUGACGCAGCUCAAGCAGCACCAGUAUCAUUUCUUGAGGCUUUUGAAUGACAACCCUAAGGGUCAGAAGUAUUUCCUAAAUGGUCUUGAACAGCUGAUAGCACUGCAUGCCAAGUCUCUGGUCCCUAAGGUACCAUCGAUACUCAAGGCCGUCUAUGACCUUGACCUCAUCGAUGAAGAUGUCAUCCUCACAUGGGCUGCUAAGCCGUCCAAGAAGUACGUGUCGAAAGAGGUGAUGCAACAGAUCCAUGAGAAAGCAGCUCCAUUCAUCAAAUGGCUCAAAGAAGCAGAAGAAGAGGAGUCCAGUGAAGAUGAAGUCGUGGUUGCUUUCAGUAACCGAGGAGGGGCCGGUCUGAAGGUGGAAACUACUGAACCCAAAAAGGCUUCUGCUGCUCAACCAGCUACCCCUGCUGCAAAGGAAGACGACUUUGACAUCGAUGACAUCUAAAUACUGAUCUUUGUAUAGACAUCCACUUAACAUAUUGUCUUCUCACAAGUUGAGAUGUCUUGUAUCUUUCAGGCUUUCCCUGAAACAAAAUGACAAAUUGUGCUAUUGUAUACAUGUUUUCUGAAAGUAUUAUAUGGUGGAAUUCUAUUUUAGAUGUAAGUUGCACAAUGAAAUUAGUAUAAUAUUCAAACAAAAAAUGAAAAACAGAUGUAUUUACUAUUUCAUGCUAAAACAUUUAUCACCCCUUCAUGUUAAAUGUAGAAUUCAAUGUUGUCAUUAAAUGCUUCAUUGGUAGAUAUAUAAGGUAAUGGUUGGAUGUUUUAUAAAUGUUUCAAUACAUCUUCGCUACCAUUAAAACAACAAAAUAAGGAAAUAAAAGAUGAAUGUUAUGUUAUUUUGAAAGCAGAAAUUUACCCUGUGAUCGCCUUGUUACUCGUUAAUGGUCCAUAUUGAGGCUAUUAUAAUGUAAUUGUUUCAAUUCUUCCUUUCAGAAAGCUGCAAAGUAACUUUAAGGAAAUGUUGUAAUAAUCUCUUCUGCACUGAAUAUUGAAUUAUUGAUACUAACAAAUGCUGUGAAAUGUAAAGUUAUGUCAGUCCAAAAUAAGCAGCAGAGUGAAAUAGUUUGACAUCUGUGAAAAUUCCAAUGAUGUAUCACUUCAUUCAGUGUUAUAUGUAGGAAAUGUAGGUACUAGUACUCCUAUAUUCAUUGAUAUAUUCCAUUUUCAAAUGCUUCAACUGAAAUUAUUUACAAGGCUACAUAUAUAUGAGCUUAUAUGUGAUGCUUAUUGGAAAGGUUAUAGCUUUUCUUAUACAAAAUUGCAGAUAUUUGAAGUAAGCACCAGAAAAAGUUGGUACAUGUAAUGAUCAUGUGCUAUGUACUCCCAUGAUAUAAAGAUAUCAGUAAAGGACCGAAAUGUGUUAUAUGAAGAACACUGUGUUGCUUUUACUCAAAGAUGAUAAGUCAAGAAAUGUUUGUAAACUACAUGUUGGGGAUGCUUUCCAAGUUUUUGAGCAUGGGAGAGAGUUAUUCCGAAGUUGUUCUAUUUUGUGCAAAACUUGUAUUACUGUGAUAUACAAGCUAAGAAUGUUUUGUUCAUGAGUAUUGUUAUUGCAUGCUACUCGUGUAUUAAACCGCAGAUGAUUUGUGUCAUAUUA